GGUGCGCGCCUCCCCUUCCCCGCAGGCCCGGCCGCCCCUGAAUGAUCCGGCCCGGCAUCCCCCGCGCGCCGCCGCUCGGCCCGGGCCUCCCUCGCGUCCGCCUCCGCCUCCGCCAUGGCGUUCACGUUCGCCGCCUUCUGCUACAUGCUGGCCCUGCUCCUCACCGCCGCCCUCAUCUUCUUCGCCAUCUGGCAUAUUAUAGCUUUCGAUGAAUUGAAGACCGACUACAAGAAUCCCAUAGACCAGUGUAAUACGCUCAACCCUCUUGUCCUUCCCGAGUAUCUCAUCCACGCGUUCUUCUGUGUUAUGUUUCUGUGUGCGACAGAGUGGCUUACGCUGAGUCUCAAUAUGCCAUUGUUGGGUUAUCAUAUUUGGAGGUACAUGAGCAGGCCUGUGAUGAGUGGACCUGGACUGUAUGACCCUACAACCAUCAUGAAUGCAGAUAUUUUAGCAUAUUGCCAGAAGGAGGGGUGGUGCAAACUAGCAUUUUACCUUCUAUCCUUUUUUUACUACCUAUAUGGCAUGAUUUAUGUGUUGGUGAGCUCUUAAAAAAAUGAUGCCCAGCGGACUUGGUUCCAGCGAAGCGCAUGCAGAAAAGCCACAAGAUGCAGGAUUAUUUUCCAAGAAGAAUCUUGUUAUCAAGAUUUAAAAGGGGAAUUAGAGGAUCACAGUUGUGAUGGGGGAAAAUAACCAAUUCCCUUUCUCCCUCCCUCCUUCCUUCCUCAAAAACACGUCUACACUUUAAUACUCAUGGAAAGACUGUUUUUUUUUAAAUGCUGGAAUGUUUAAAAUUACAAAAAUUACAUAAAUUAAUGUAAAGCAGCUGCCCCUGGCGUUGAGUAGUUUUGACCCUACAGUCCAUAAGGAACAGCCGUACCUUCAAAAUAAUUGUUCAUUUUGCUGUCCUUGUUUAUUUUUGUUUUCUGGACUUUUACAGUGGCCCGUUUUGGUUAUGGACUUCCGUCUAGUUGUAGGCGCCAGUGCUUCUGAUGAACGUAAUGCUUUUCUGUAUGUUCUCUCUUAGGUAACGUCUGUGUGUCUUAUAGAUGAAUACAUUACAACUGCAGGAAAAAUUGUAGUUCAGGAUUUUUUAAAACUCUUUGGAUAUUGUCUCCCUAUAAAGCACAUGGCUCAGACUUUUCCAUAUUUACAAGACAGUGUACCUCUGGGUAGUAGAAGAUUUCUGACAAGGGGAGGUCUGACGCUCGAAAGCUCAGACCCAGGAAAUCCAGUUGGUCUUCAAGGUGCUACUGGCCCUGAAUCUUGCUCCUCUGUAAAAGUAGUACGCUCUGACAGCGCUUUUCAAUUUUUUUGUUUAAGGGGAAAGAUGUGCUGCAGUCUCAAAACUUCCAUCCAACCUGGAUCAAAUGCACUGGAUCAAAUGCAGUAAUAAAAAUAGCUUUGUGAGUUUGCUGGUAGCAGUGCAGGCGUGUUGAGGCCCUGGGCAAAUACUCCUGUUGUUCCCUAGUGCAACGCAAUAAAAACCUCCACGUCAAUGAA